CAGCUCGCAACUGAUCCGACGGCACAACAUCCAAACGCAGGCUCGUCGCUCGCAUAGAGAGACCGCCGCCAGGGACGAUCACGGUCGAGCGAUAGGCCUCUGCUGCUCUCGGUAAGACGGACUCGCCUACGCACUGCAUCAGACGUCAAUUGUGUAGACGGUAAAGCUUGACAUUGCUGUCAACAUGUCGAAAAGUCGCUCACAGAGGAUCGCCUCUGUCGAUGAGAAUGCUCAGCAUCUGAUCAGCAAGCAACAUGCAGGCCUAGAACUCAAAUCGACGAAAUCACUUUCGCUCAACAACAUGGCCGCAUUGUCCAAUGGCGGCCUACAUCGAGUCGCAAAGGACAACAGCACCAAAGCAGACAACGGCGCACCCCCUGCGAAACAACGUCGUAUACUGGGCGAUGUGAGCAAUGUCGUCAACAAGAGAACUGCAGACCGAGCCUCAAAGGACAAAGAGAGUCUCAAGGGUACCAGCCGGUCUCGAACAGCUUCAGCCUCCUCUGCUAUCUCCGUCGCGCAACCUGGUCAUGUCAAAACAAACAGUCAAUCUGGCAUCGUCACCGCGAGAGCCGUCAACCGUCCUGCGCUGACCAACAAAGCUUCUUCCGCCUCACUCAAGUCUCAACGAUCGAGGCAAGCUUCUGCCGGUCCUGCGACUUCUCAGUGGAUCGACGAAAACGCGAGUGUGGACGAGAACAGCGUCUUGCCUUCGUCUACCCAUGGACUACAAGCGCCUUUGCGCGGACUCGGACUCGCCGGCUCACCAGAGCAAGAGACAGUGGCCAUGUCCGGUCUCGAGCGACUCGUCGAUGACGAGGGACACGUUCAUUACCUCAACGCAGACGGCCAGGAGCAAGACGGACCACACCGACAGACUCUACCGCCUAUCAGCGACAUCAGCGUGGACGCCAUCGAGCUCAGUGCACAGAGCGACAAGAUCAGACCACAGCUCGCCACGUCGCUUUCGGACGUAGAUGAAGGCCUCUCGUCACAGCCGACCGCAAAAAGCUCUACCCGACUGUCUGAACGAAGUCAACAGGACUGGCUCAUGCUCACUCUUGACGAGCAAAUCGAUGCCGAAGCCGAAAUUGAAGCCAUCCGCGCAGACUUUCACGACGAGAACGAUCCCAACGAUAUCAUGAUGGUGGGCGAGUACUCUGAUUCGAUCUUCGAGUACAUGGCAGAGCUCGAGAUCUCCGCCAUGCCAGCGCACGACUACAUGAACAAUCAGAACGACUUGGACUGGACGAUGCGCGCCACGCUUAUCGACUGGCUCUCGCAAGUCCACAUGCGCUACCACAUGCUUCCCGAGACGCUCUUCAUCGCGCUCAACAUGAUCGACCGCUUCCUCACCAAGCGCUGCGUGUCGCUCGACAAGCUACAACUCCUCGGCGUCACUGCCAUGUUCGUCGCUGCAAAGUACGAAGAAAUUAUGGCGCCAGGUGUCGACGAAUUCGUCCACAUGACCCAGAACUCUUUCUCUCGCGAUGAGAUCCUGAAGGGCGAGCGCAUCAUUCUCAGCACGCUCGAAUUCAACAUCUCCUGCUAUUGCACGCCCUACAGCUGGGUGCGCAAGAUCAGCAAAGCAGAUGAUUACGAGAUCGAGACAAGGACGAUGUCGAAGUACCUCAUGGAAGUCACCAUGCUCGAUCAUCGCUUCCUCAAGGCAAAGGCUUCACAAAUCGCUGCAGUCAGCAUGUACCUCGCUCGACGCAUGCUCGGCGGCGACUGGAAUGAGGCAUUCAUCUUCUAUGCUGGCUAUACCGAGUCUCAGCUCAAGGUGCCAACAGACUGGCUCAUCGAGAAUCUCCGCGAUACCACCAUGGAGUCCCGAUUCGUCUACCAAAAGUACUCGUCACGCAAGUUCAUGAAGGCCAGCUUGUUCGCCGCGCAAUGGGUCAAGGAACUCAUCGAGCCAGCGACGCCUUCAUCACAAUAGACGUCACCAUUCGUUUUACGACCUAAUCACCGCAGCUUUCGUUUUCGAAGCAAUGAUACCCUUUACCAAGCAGUAUGAUACCCCUUCGGCCUUUCUGACAGGGCCGAUCUUCGACAUGUGUCGAUCUCAGCAGUCGAAGAGAGUUUACUUCUUGCGCGCGCAGCAGGAUAUUCAUUCGCAUAUAUACCCCUUGUGCCUCUCGAGAGGUCGGUCCUCCGGGCCCUAGAUAGCCCUAUGCAAUCAGUCGCAUCCAAAUUAAGAAUAUCAGAGUUUUGAG